AUGCCUACUUACAAACGUGUGCCGGGUCCUGCUUGGGUCCAGCUCCCACUAGCCAACCUCCCCAUCCUAGGGACUCAGUUCGUUUGGAGUGCUGAGAUGGCGUUUGUAUCGCCUUACCUGUUGGAACUUGGCUUGACUAGGGCACAUAUGGCCCUGGUCAUGCUCGCAGCUCCUUUCAGCGGUGCACUUGCAGACUCUUCAACGUCGAGGUGGGGUCGCCGACGUCCGUUCAUGCUAGGCGGCAGCGUCUUGUGUAUACUGUCACUCAUGAUGCUAAGUUACGCAAAGGAAAUCUCGGCGUGGAUCACUGGCGAAGAUAACCAUGCUUCUUCUCUUGGUCUCACACGGGCCAUCGCAGUUGUCGCGGUCUAUUGCAUAGAUUUCACACUCAAUGCCGCGACUGCCGCUGCCCGAGCGCUGGCUAUUGACGUUCUGCCAACUGAGCUUCAAUCAUCGUCUGGGGCUUGGGCCAGCCGUAUGGUCGGGGCGGGAGGAAUCAUCGGGUUCUACAGUGGGACUGCGGCUCUUCCUAAAUUGUUCCCAGCAUUAGGCACAUCGCAGAUAGCCAUUAUGAGCUUCCUUGCUUCGAUAGCCUUGCUUAUUACCCAAUUCUUCACCUCAAUUUGUGUGAUAGAAUCAGUGCAUACAUCCACCGCUCCGCGGCAUAGUCUUAAGUCACAUCGGAGAUUUUGGCUGUUUGAAAGGUUUGCCGCGGCUCGCCGCAGUUUGCGUAGCCUUCCGCAUGAAGUCAAGUCUGUUUGUGCCAUUCAGUUCUUCAGUUGGAUGGGAUGGUUCCCUGCGAUGUUUUUUGGAACUGUAUGGAUAGGGGACAUCUACAUUAACGAGGCGCUCCGUCUCGGAGACCCCCGCUCAGUAACCGAUCCAACCCUUCGUGCUGAAGGCACGAGAAUAGGAUCGCGUGCCAUGUUCUACGGCGCAUUAUUGACGUUUGUAACAUCGAUUCUCCUUCCUUAUUUUGUCAAGAAUCCAGAUCUACGCGCCAGGGGAAUGGAGUCUCUAUCGCUUGGAGCCGAGGAGGGCUCAGGGGCUGUUCGAAGCGCUCCUCCACCCCGAGGGUUCAAGUUUACUAUUGGACUCUCUUUAUGUUGGCAAUUAGCCCAUAUAACAUUCGGGUUGCUUUUACUGGCUACAGGCUUUGUAACAUCGGUACGCGCUGCGACGGCGAUCUUUGCAUUACAAGGGCUAUGCUCUGCAACCACUCAUUGGGUUCCGUUUGCUAUUAUUGCCACAGCUGCUCACAAAGACGCGUUCAAAACUAUGGGGCCUAAUGAGGAGUAUUUAGCUGGCAACUUACCCAGAGAACAGGAAUAUUUACUGGACAGCUCUGCUUCUGAGCGCUACCCUCCAGAAUUCGCAGGAGAUGCCCCCAAUCGAGCCGGUUUAUUUCUUGGUAUCCAUAAUGUUUUCGUAGUAUUGCCCCAGUUCCUAUCCAUAUCCCUUUCGGCCAUAAUCUUCUCAUUACGUGACCCUGGGAGGUCAGUGCUUGGUGGAGCACCCACAGAGUUUACCAGCGCCCAGAAACUCAGUAGUCUGACUGUAAUUUUGAGCAUUGGAGGGUUGAAUUCCCUUGUGGCUGCAUUUCUGACAAGGAAAUUGUUAAACUAA